AUGCACAUGAUCGCAGUCCCUUCUAUUGGUGUUAGUGACAGCCUCAAUUUCAACAACGACGACAAUGCCACUUCCUCCACAUACAACAGCAAUUUGCCUUGGUAUAUGGCAGAAUGGACCACGCCUGUUACGGCUGUGCUGGAAGCCUAUGUCUUGGUUUCUUUCUUGGUGUUUUUGGUCAUGGGGUUGAUGUGUAUUCGUCGUCGUGGGUGUUUUCACAUCUGCCCUCGCAGACGCAGAAGAAGAACUAUGCGGUACCAACAACUACCAAGACGUCGCGUGUGGAACGAACACCAAACCAACUACAACAUGCACGAAGACUGGGAUGAAGACGUCAAUCACUACGGAGUCAACAGCUUUCACUCCAGAGAUCUUGCCGCUGUUGACACUGAGAAUGGCGAACAUCGCGUGCAGGACAUCCAAAGAUUGGAGAGGGCAUUGAGGGUUGCUGGAAUGGCUUGA